AAGCUCAGGAUUUCAAUCAAUGCAUUCCAGCAACCCUAAAGUGAGGAACUCUCCGUCAGGAAAUACACAGAGUAGCCCUAAGUCAAAGCAGGAGGUGAUGGUUCGUCCCCCUACAGUGAUGUCCCCAUCUGGAAACCCCCAGCUGGAUUCCAAAUUCUCCAAUCAGGGUAAACAGGGGGGCUCAGCCAGCCAAUCCCAGCCAUCUCCCUGUGACUCCAAGAGUGGGGGCCAUACCCCUAAAGCACUCCCUGGCCCAGGUGGGAGCAUGGGGCUGAAGAAUGGGGCUGGAAAUGGUGCCAAGGGCAAGGGGAAAAGGGAGCGAAGUAUUUCCGCCGACUCCUUUGAUCAGAGAGAUCCUGGGACUCCAAACGAUGACUCUGACAUUAAAGAAUGUAAUUCUGCUGACCACAUAAAGUCCCAGGAUUCCCAGCACACACCACACUCGAUGACCCCGUCAAAUGCUACAGCCCCCAGGUCUUCCACCCCCUCCCAUGGCCAAACUACUGCCCCAGAGCCCACACCUGCUCAGAAGACUCCAGCCAAAGUGGUGUAUGUGUUUUCUACUGAGAUGGCCAAUAAAGCUGCAGAAGCUGUAUUAAAGGGCCAGGUUGAAACUAUAGUCUCUUUCCACAUCCAGAAUAUCUCUAACAGCAAAACAGAGAGAAGCACAGCCCCUGUGAACACACAGAUACCUGCCCUUCGGAACGAUCCAAAACCUCUGCCACAACAGCCUCCAGCUCCAGCCAACCAGGACCAGAAUUCUUCCCAGAAUACUAGACUGCAGCCAACUCCACCCAUUCCAGCACCAGCACCCAAGCCUGCUGCACCCCCACGUCCCCUGGACCGGGACAGUCCUGGGGUAGAAAAUAAACUGAUUCCUUCUGUAGGCAGUCCUGCCAGUUCCACUCCACUGGCCCCAGACGGUACUGGGCCCAACUCAACGCCCAACAAUCGAGCAGUGACCCCUGUCUCCCAGGGGAGCAAUAGCUCUUCAGCAGAUCCCAAAGCCCCCCAGCCUCCACCAGUGUCCAGUGGUGAGUCCUCCACGCUGGGAGAGAACCCCGAUGGCCUAUCUCAGGAGCAGCUGGAGCACCGGGAGCGCUCCUUACAAACUCUCAGAGAUAUCCAGCGUAUGCUUUUCCCUGAUGAGAAAGAAUUCACAGGAGGACAAAGUGGGGGGCCCCAGCAGAAUACUGGGGUAUUAGAUGGACCUCAGAAAAAAUCAGAAGGGCCACUACAGGCUAUGAUGGCUCAAUCCCAAAGCCUGGGUAAGGGACCUGGGCCCCGGACAGAUGUGGGAGCUCCAUUUGGCCCUCAAGGACAUAGAGAUGUGCCCUUUUCUCCAGAUGAAAUGGUUCCACCUAUGAACUCCCAGUCUGGGCCCAUAGGACCUGACCACCUGGACCAUAUGACUCCUGAGCAGAUAGCGUGGCUGAAACUGCAGCAGGAGUUUUAUGAAGAGAAAAGGAGGAAGCAGGAACAAGUGGUUGUCCAGCAGUGCUCCCUCCAGGAUAUGAUGGUCCAUCAGCACGGGCCACGGGGCGUGGUCCGAGGGCCUCCCCCUCCAUACCAGAUGACCCCAAGUGAAGGCUGGGCACCUGGGGGUACAGAGCCAUUUUCUGAUGGUAUCAACAUGCCACAUUCUCUGCCCCCGAGGGGCAUGGCUCCCCACCCCAACAUGCCAGGGGGCCAAAUGCGCCUCCCUGGAUUUGCAGGAAUGAUAAACUCUGAAAUGGAGGGGCCAAAUGUCCCCAACCCAGCAUCUAGACCAGGUCUUUCUGGAGUCAGUUGGCCAGAUGAUGUGCCAAAAAUCCCAGAUGGUCGAAACUUCCCUCCUGGCCAAGGUGUCUUCAGUGGACCUGGCCGAGGGGAACGCUUCCCAAACCCCCAAGGAUUGUCUGAAGAGAUGUUUCAGCAGCAGCUGGCAGAGAAGCAGCUGGGUCUCCCUCCGGGAAUGAGCAUGGAAGGCAUCAGGCCCAGCCUGGAGAUGAGCAGGGUGAUCCCAGGCUCCCAGCGCCACAUAGAGCCUGGGAAUAAUCCCAUUUUCCCUCGAAUACCCGUUGAGGGCCCUCUGAGUCCUUCCAGGGGUGACUUUCCAAAAGGAAUGCCUCCACAGAUAGGCUCUGGUCGGGAACUUGAGUUUGGGAUGGUUCCUAGUGGGAUGAAAGGAGAUGUCAAUCUAAAUGUCAACAUGGGAUCCAACUCUCAGAUGAUACCUCAGAAGAUGAGAGAGGCUGGGGCAGGCCCUGAGGAGAUGAUGAAAUUACGCUCAGGUGGCUCAGACAUGCUGCCUGCUCAGCAGAAGAUGGUGCCCCUGCCAUUCGGUGAGCACCCUCAGCAGGAGUAUGGCAUGGGCCCCAGGCCAUUCCUUCCCAUGUCUCAGGGUCCAGGCAGCAACAGUGGCUUGCGGAAUCUCAGAGAACCAAUUGGGCCCGACCAAAGGACUAACAGCCGGCUCAGUCACAUGCCACCACUACCUCUCAACCCUUCCAGUAACCCCACUAGCCUCAACACAGCUCCUCCAGUUCAGCGUGGCCUGGGGCGGAAGCCCUUGGAUAUAUCUGUGGCAGGCAGCCAGGUGCAUUCCCCAGGCAUUAACCCUCUGAAAUCUCCCACAAUGCACCAAGUCCAGUCACCAAUGCUGGGCUCACCCUCGGGGAACCUCAAGUCCCCCCAGACGCCAUCGCAGCUGGCAGGCAUGCUGGCAGGCCCAGCUGCUGCUGCUUCCAUUAAGUCCCCUCCUGUCUUGGGGUCUGCUGCUGCUUCGCCUGUUCACCUCAAGUCUCCAUCACUUCCUGCCCCCUCACCUGGAUGGACCUCCUCUCCAAAACCUCCCCUUCAGAGUCCUGGGAUCCCUCCAAACCAUAAAGCCCCCCUCACGAUGUCCUCCCCAGCCAUGCUGGGAAGCGUAGAGUCAGGUGGCCCCCCACCUCCUACAGCCAGCCAGCCUGCCUCUGUGAACAUCCCUGGAAGUCUUCCCUCUAGUACACCUUACACCAUGCCUCCAGAGCCAACCCUUUCCCAGAACCCACUCUCUAUUAUGAUGUCUCGAAUGUCCAAGUUUGCAAUGCCCAGUUCUACCCCAUUAUACCAUGAUGCCAUCAAGACUGUGGCCAGCUCAGAUGACGACUCCCCUCCAGCUCGUUCUCCCAACUUGCCAUCAAUGAAUAAUAUACCAGGAAUGGGCAUUAAUACACAGAAUCCUCGAAUUUCAGGUCCAAACCCUGUGGUUCCGAUGCCAACCCUCAGCCCAAUGGGAAUGACCCAGCCACUCACUCACUCCAAUCAGAUGCCCUCUCCUAAUGCCAUGGGACCCAGCAUACCUCCUCAUGGGGUCCCAAUCGGGCCUGGCUUGAUGGCACACAAUCCUAUCAUGGGGCAUGGGUCCCAGGAGCCACCGAUGGUACCUCAAGGACGAAUGGGUUUCCCCCAGGGCUUCCCUCCAGUGCAGUCUCCUCCACAGCAGGUUCCCUUCCCUCACAAUGGCCCCAGUGGGGGGCAGGGCAACUUCCCAGGAGGGAUGGGUUUCCCAGGAGAAGGGCCCCUUGGCCGCCCCAGCAACCUGCCCCAAAGUUCAGCAGAUGCAGCACUUUGCAAGCCUGGAGGCCCAGGGGCUCCUGAUUCCUUCACUGUCCUGGGGAACAGCAUGCCUUCGGUGUUUACAGAUCCAGAUCUGCAGGAGGUCAUCCGACCUGGAGCCACCGGAAUACCUGAGUUUGAUCUUUCCCGCAUUAUUCCAUCUGAGAAGCCUAGCCAGACACUGCAAUAUUUCCCUCGAGGGGAAGUCCCAGGCCGUAAACAGCCCCAGGGUCCUGGACCUGGGUUUUCGCACAUGCAGGGGAUGAUGGGCGAACAAGCCCCCAGAAUGGGGCUAGCAUUACCCGGCAUGGGAGGUCCAGGGCCAGUGGGAACUCCGGACAUCCCUCUUGGUACAGCUCCAUCCAUGCCAGGCCACAACCCCAUGAGACCACCAGCCUUCCUCCAGCAAGGCAUGAUGGGACCUCACCAUCGGAUGAUGUCACCAGCACAAUCUACAAUGCCCGGACAGCCCACCCUGAUGAGCAAUCCUGCUGCUGCUGUGGGCAUGAUUCCUGGCAAGGAUCGGGGGCCUGCUGGGCUCUAUACCCACCCCGGGCCUGUGGGCUCUCCAGGCAUGAUGAUGUCCAUGCAGGGCAUGAUGGGACCCCAACAGAACAUCAUGAUUCCUCCACAGAUGAGGCCCCGGGGCAUGGCUGCUGACGUGGGCAUGGGUGGAUUUGGCCAAGGACCUGGCAACCCAGGAAACAUGAUGUUUUAAGCUGCUAAGAUUGGAUGUGCCGAUCCUUGUCAAGAUGAGAUUCCAGGUCCUGAGAGCUGCUUUGAGGGAGUUCCAGGAGUACUUUCUAUUGG